UAGGUUUGGGGCCGGGUUUCUAAGACACGGCGCUGGCCGGCUGCGCCUGCGCGGUGGGCGCCGCCCGGAGCCAGCUGAAGCGGCGGGUGGUUCCUGCUGGGCCCGGGUCGCUGCCCAGGUUCUCUCUCUUUACCGCGCCCCUGUGAGGGGGGCUGCCGGCGUACGUCUUCCCGGAAUGGAGCACAUCCGUACGACCAAGGUUGAGCAAGUGAAAUUACUUGACCGAUUCAGUACCAGCAACAAAGCAUUAACAGGAACAUUGUAUCUCACGGCCACACAUCUGUUCUUUAUAGACUCUCAUCAGAGAGAAACCUGGAUAUUACACCACCACAUUGCCUCAGUAGAGAAACUGGCCUUGACUACUUCUGGAUGCCCACUUGUGAUUCAGUGCAAAAACUUCAGGAUUGUGCAUUUCAUUGUUCCCAGAGAAAGAGAUUGUCAUGAUAUUUACAAUUCUUUGCUACAACUGUCAAAACAAGCAAAAUAUGAAGAUCUCUACGCGUUCUCUUACAAUCCCAAACAAAAUGACUCAGAACGACUGCGAGGUUGGCAACUCAUUGACCUUGGUGAAGAAUAUAAGAGGAUGGGAGUGGCAAAUUCAAACUGGCAGUUAUCUGAUGCCAAUCGAGAGUACAAGAUUUGUGAAACUUACCCCAGAGAACUUUAUGUUCCCCGAAUAGCAAGCAAACCAAUCAUUGUUGGUAGCUCCAAGUUCCGGAGCAAAGGCAGAUUCCCAGUUCUUUCCUACUAUCAUAAAAAUAAGGAGGCUGCCAUUUGUCGAUGUAGUCAACCUCUGUCAGGAUUCAGUGCCAGGUGCCUGGAAGAUGAACAUUUGCUUGAGUCCAUUAGUAAAGCCAACCCAGUUAAUCACUAUAUGUAUGUCAUGGAUACCAGGCCCAAACUGAACGCAAUGGCCAACAGAGCAGCUGGGAAAGGUUAUGAAAAUGAAGACAACUAUUCUAAUAUUAGAUUUCAGUUUGUUGGAAUUGAAAAUAUUCAUGUCAUGCGGUCCAGCCUUCAGAAAUUAUUAGAAGUCAAUGGUACCAAAGGGCUUUCUGUCAAUGAUUUCUAUUCUGGCUUGGAGAGCUCAGGAUGGCUUCGCCAUAUCAAAGCCAUCAUGGAUGCUGCGAUCUUCUUAGCCAAAGCAAUAGUGGUUGAAAGUGCAAGUGUGUUGGUGCAUUGUUCUGAUGGCUGGGACAGGACUUCCCAGGUUUGCUCCCUUGGGUCUCUCUUACUGGAUUCCUACUACAGGACAGUCAAAGGGUUCAUGCAACUGAGAAAAGAGGAUACAGAAUUCAGUGACAAGGUGAGGUUAGACCUGGAACAGAAGGGAAAACUAAAACUCAAAUUGAUUUGGGAAAUAAUUGCCUGCUUUAUAAAAAUGAGUAUUGCAUUGAUGGGAAAGAUCUUUGUGUUUCUCAUUCCAUUCAGGUUAAAGGAGAAGACUUACUCCGUGUGGCCUUUCCUCCUGGAUGACCAGCAGAAAUACAUGAAUCCUCUCUACAGCUCCACACCUCAGAUAUGUGCAGUUUUGGAGCCAAAUACAGUAUCUUUCAAUUUUAAGUUUUGGAGAAACAUGUACCAUCAAUUUGAUAGAACGUUGCAUCCGAGGCAGUCUGUAUUUAAUGUAAUUAUGAAUAUGAAUGAGCAAAAUAAGCAGUUAGAGAAAGAUAUUAAAGACUUAGAAUCUAAAAUUAAGCAACGUAAGAAUAAGCAAACAGAUGGAGUUCUCACCAAGGAACUGUUACAUCCAGCUCAUCCUGAAUCACCUACCCUCAAUACUUCCUUGUGUUUUAAGGAGCAGGCUCUGCUGCCUGUGAAUCAUGCUCUUCGAACUAUAGAGGGCAGCAACCCAGCAGAUAAUCGUUACAGUGAAUAUGCUGAAGAGUUUUCCAAACCAGAACCUGCUGUGGUCAGCUUGGAGUAUGGUGUGGCAAGAAUGACCUGUUAGACUCAGUAUUUUCUGGAUGGACUGUAGUUCAAGAAAUGGGUUAAUGUGGGAAUGCUCUCAGCGUGUGACCAGGGAGAGUUUGUUUAAUAAUUAUCUUAGAAGCUAAUAGUUGAAGAAAGGAUGAUAAUAACUGCUCUUGGGAGAGAGUAAGUCAGUGUAAUUGCAUUUUCAGUGAAGAAUGAUAUACAGUUCUUUAAGAAAUGAGUGGUAACAGCAAAUUUACUCAAAACACGAUUUGCUCUAUAUACUAGUGAAUUGACAUUUUGGUAUGACGUACAUGUUAAUUACAGCCAAACAUGAAUGGCCUUCCCUAAAUAUAACUUAAUUGCCAGAAAACAAAACUUGACGAAGUGGUCCCUUACUUAAUAAUUGACAUGACAUGUGCUUUUGAUUAUGUAACUAUGAGUAUUUACAUAUUUACCCUAUUAGUGAUGUUUAAUGUUGAAGUGCCAUGAAAAAUAUUUCUGAGAAAGCCUUAAAAUCUCAGUAUAUUCUUUACUCUUAAGGUUUUUAGCCUAGAGUGAGACGUUUUGUUAUUCCUUUGGUCAGCCUUGUUUUAUUUGUAAAGAAUUGUGCUGACAACAUGGCUGGAGCUGCAUGCGGCAUCACUCCUGUAACACUGCUGAUAGAAGUACGUGGUCGUUCAUGCGCAGCUCGGUCCACUUCCAUAUUCAAAACGAAUGAAACUGAAGGUUUUAUUUGGGUUACAAUUUGUUCAGUGCUAUAUUUGAUGGCUUAUUAUUUAUAACUUAGAUUAUUUGAUUUCUUCAUAUAUAAACACAUUUGACUGUCUUUUAUGUAUGGAUUAUUACAUUCUGUUGAUUCUUAUUUUUUGGUUGCUGUUAUACCUUUGAUAACUAUGUAGGUGAAAGCUCUAAAACUAUACUUGGAAACAAUGAACAGUGCAUAUGUAUGUUUUUUAACUUCAGUCUCUCAGUGAGUUUCUCUUCCUAGAAAAAACUUUGAGUUUACACAAAAAUUGUGGGGUAAAAAAUAAAGGGAAGCACAGAGUUUAGAUUUUGCUUGGUUGCAUGAAUUUUAGAGCAGUCAUUUCUUUGUGGAACAUUUUUUUCUUCUCUUAACAUAGGAAAAAAAGGAAUAUCAACAGUAACCUUGUACAAAGUUAAUGUUUAACAAAAACAACCUCAAUGCUAGGAAGAGUUUCAUUUUGCCAAGUUAUGUUAACCAUUUACUCUAUGUACUGUUACAUAUCUUUAAAUGACAAAAGAGACAGAAUCACUUGCAGUGGACACUGUCACCCAGAUGACUUUAAAAUUAAAGAUUUAAGUAAUGUGAGUGGUAUGAGGUAUGAUUCAAGGGUACUAGGAAAUCUGCGUAGGAUCCUUAAUGCUUCUCUUUAUUAUAUUAGAUUAGUUUGAAUAUAAGCAAAUGUGUUUUUCAAAAGGAAAAGAAGCUUUAUUAUAUGAGAGCUUAUCUAAUCCUAUUUAUUUUUUCAAUGCUUUCCUGUAACGCAUUAUGUCAUAAGACAAAUACGCCUUUUUGAACAGUUAACAGAAAUGCACUAUAAAAUAUAGUUUGUCAUUUAGCCAAGCCUAUUUCCAUGUUUAAGCACUGGGACAGGAAACUUGAUCUUUGUGACCACAAAUGGAAGCUUUUGUGCCUUGUCACUUGGUUCUGUAUAUUGACUGUGGUUUUAGAAUCUUCCAUGGCAGACUUCUUAUAUUCAGCUCUUUGGUUUAUUAUCUUAAUCUUCACCUUGAGGCAUAUAUAUGGGUAUUUAUAUGCUCACACAUGGACUGAAAAAUCAGUUAACAUCCUAAGUGACCUAUAGGGUGUAUGUUGGCAAAAAGCAGAGUGGGUAUAUGUCUUAUAAAAUUGGAUUUAUGUUCUGCGUGUUUGGUAAUGUACAGCAUGUAAAUUUUACAUGUAUUAUUUAAAGGUCAUUAAAUGUUCAUGUUUUACUUUGAA